ACAGAUUCCUACAGUACCAACUCAAGGUUGUGUCAAGUGGAAAAGCGUGCUCCAAGUUUCUGAAGCUGUUAUUGUUACAAAUUAUGCAGUCUUUCAUCACUAGGUUUUUUUUAGCUACACCUUGUCCAGCUCUUGAAAGACAAGACUCGUCUGGAUUAAACAUUCAGCUACUGGCCUUAUCUCCACAUUUCUCCUCUCUAUGAUAUUGCAAGAACUAAAAUAGGGUUCAGCGUCACAAUGCUUGUUCUGAAUGUCAUCUAGACUCAGCAAGACGUGUUACAUUUGGGCAAUAUGAAGAAAUUUUGGGAUUGAGAUACGCCGUUAACGCGGAGAGCCUGAGAGGCUGGGCUCAAUUCCGCUUCAAGGUCAAGUUUUGCAAAGUCUCCCUGAAUCACUUAGAGUGAUGAAGAUCCUGAAGAUUAUCUUAAAUCGAUACUGCUCCCCUUUACAGUCAUUUCAUCUGAAGUUUCUGAUAUCAAUGAUGGUUGCCUUUGUAGUUGACGCGACCUGAUGACAAAGACCUGACUUAACAAGCUGCCUGACCUCAUGUAGUGGUUACAAUGUGUAACCGCACGAUGGUGUUCGAGCAUGGCAUGCUUAACUACUGAAGCCGUUGCAUGAAACACGAGUUUGAGGGAGAAAUUGGACUUUAACAGCACUAUUCGCUUCAUCUUUUUCGUCUUACUCAUUUCUACCCAAUGACCCGCAAAUUGAUGGACAACUAAUUGAUCAGAUCAGAUUUUGACACGAAGAGUUAGACAGAGCAUUCUUCCAAGAAUGACGAUGGAUCAGGAGGUCCGUUAUCGCCAUCCUGGGCCUGCAGGCGAAGGAGUCUCGAAUGUUGAGGUUGAAAACGUGAUGAAAAUGCUCAUGGCUUACCAAAAAGCUCGAGCGGAAGGAAUUGGACAACCUAAUCCUGAACUUGAUACUUUACUUGAAGCCAUGCAAAGUGGCCUCCCAAAAGACUACCCAACAGACGGCCCCAUCGACGAAGCCAUGAAGAUUCCAUCACAUGCUACACAGCCGGCACUUGCUCCCACAAGCGAUGAGAUUAUCCCUAAGCCGUUCUUCGUGCUGAAGACAAAGAAUGAGAAGCAGCAGAAAGUGUUUAUAAACGUAUGCGGUUCCCAUAAGAUUGGAACUCCAGACUAUGGAGAGGAAACCAUAGAAACAAUUGAUGAAUUAAAGACUAAGCUUCAGAGAUUCGAUCCGUCCGAGGAUCCCGAUUGUCCCGAUUUGCGCUUUCCUUGCAGUUGUCUGGACCCCGUUUUUCAGAAGGAUAAGAAGGGGAAAACAUAUGCGAUCUAUGAUGUGUGUUACAAUCGCACGGUGGUGGAAUCAGCCAUGUCCGUGAAGACCCUCAAGGUUUUCAUCAUUGACAUGGCACUGACUUGGCUAAGCCAAAAAUACAAGACUCAGCUCAGCGUUGAUUUCAAAAUACUGGAGAGAAAGUACAAAGGGAAGGAGGUCGGCAAACAUAGAAUUCGGAUUGACCCCAAGAAGGGGCCCAUCAUUUCUGAACUUCGUGAUGACGAUGAAGAUGCAGAACCCACCAUUCCUCUGCUCCUACGUGACAAACAGGGAAGAGGUUUGCCAGAUGAUGCAGCCCAAGAAAACUGCAAGUUAGAUGAAGGUGUCGAUCCUGAUCGCUAUUUUGAGCUGCCAGAGUGGGUACCAGAUUUCCACGCUUCUGAUGCUGAUGGAAGAACUGAAGUUGCGCCCAAGAACCAGCCCGUCAUAACGACUGGAAGCGUGGAGUCUAAAACUCUGGAAACGAGCGCAUCAUCUGAGCCUGUUCAGAGCUUGGAAUUACAAGAUUCCAAGUUUGAGAUCUUGCCCACCCAGAGUUCCCCAGCAGAGCCAUGGCUACCAUCAGCAAUGUUUCGCGAAUUGAAUACUCCUCAAUCUUCCGAAUUGGAUCUAAAAGAUCCAUGUUUCAUUUCGGACUUGAACACGUCGUCCUGUGUUCCAAGCCUAGAGUCAUCAUGUAAGAACUUGGAGGCGCCCAUUGAUUCCAAGGAGACAAUUAGAACGACUGCGAAAAGGCCUACAACAGGUAAAUUCAAGUUCAAGGAACUGAAAAAGGAAGUGGAAAUGUCUGGAGACUGUGGCAAAUCGAACGGAAAAGAUGUGCCGCAGAAACCUCUGCCUGAGAAUUUGCUAACACCAAAAGUACAAGUCGAAUAUGUCGGCAGGCCAGUGGUCACUGUUUUCACCAUUGUGACUUUUCCUGUAGACUUCAUUGGGCUAGAAGACAUGCAUGUACACAUGACGAGCAAUGGCAUUUUCAUCGACACCGAGGCAUAUGGCCUUUUAGAGGUGAAGCUGCAAUUCUAUGUUUCCCCGAUGGAAGUGCAAGCCGAGUACAGCAAAACAGACAGAAUCCUCAAACUUGAUAUGCCGUUUUUGUCCUAUGCGCAAGCGUUGAAACUCAGAUUGGCAUGAUUCAUGGGACCCAUGCUUGGUUCAGUUGGCGAAAACAAAAGCCAUAAGGUAACACAACUGAAAGAAGUGGGGUUACAUGAGAUGCUUGUCAGGACAAAAACUUUCCAACUGACGCAGGUAUUAAGAACAAACCCUGCCAACCCACACAGGUAACUCGUGUAGAAGAAGUGAAGGAUGCCAUUGAUGUAUUUCUCUAGAGGCAAUGGCUUACAUAGCUCGAAGUGAGAUUCGAAGGCAAAGAUUUACAAUUGGCUGCUCUUUGAAUAAUUUCUAAGUAUGUACGUGUGAGACUUGAGAAAUUAGUACACGAUUUCGGUGUACUGUUCAUUUA